AUGACACUUGCAAGAGUUAUCACGCCCCCCAAACGACCGUCAUCGGCACCCAACCUCACGACACCAGAGGUUAUAAGCCAGCGUAUAGACGAGGAGUUGAGAAGAGAGGCGGCGCUACUUAAGGAAGCGAAGCGGAAGGAAGUCAAAGUACUACUUCUUGGUCAAGCGGAGUCUGGCAAAUCAACACUCCAGAAACACUUCCAACUUCUCUAUGCAGAGGGCACCCUCGACUCGGAACGGCCUUACUGGCGACCUGCGGUCUACUACAACAUUAUCAAGGCUGCGCGCAUGAUUUUGGCAGAGCUAGAUUACGAAUUCGCCGCCCGUUCUCCAGGCGACAUGCAUACCUCCGACGACGUGGUGCACCAGCUGAUGGACGUAAGAACGGCACUAUUGCCUCUCAUCUCUAUGGAAGACGCUCUUGCUUCAGAGAUCAACGGCGGAGUAGCGAUUUCAGGUGGACGUAGCGGCGCAUAUGUUCGACCGGGCUGGCAGAACUUCCUUUCCCAUAAUCAAGCCAGCAUUGCGCUUCCUGAGACGGCCAUGAUGGCCGCCAAGAUGCUUGCACGGGUUGCUAAUGAAAUCAGGACACUCUGGGAACACCCUACAGUUCAGUACUACAUCGAACAGCGCAAGAUUCGGGUCGAGGAGUCCGCCGCUUUCUUCAUAAGUCAUAUAGGUCGGAUAACACAGCCAGACUACCUUCCAACGACCGAUGAUAUUCUGCGAGUACGGUUGCGGACACUGGGCGUCAUCGAGCACAACUUCUCAGUUCCAAUGGGUGGAGUUCUGUACAAUUGGAGACUCUUCGAUGUGGGGGGCGCGCGUGGUCAGCGCCAAGCAUGGGUCCCCUUUUUCGAUGACGCUAUCUCUAUCAUUUUCCUUGGUGGGUUUGCUUCUUCACCGCUUUCUUCCCCCCACCUUACGCCAUCCCAAGCUCCAAUAAGCGCUUUCGACCAGUAUCUCGAAGAAGACCCCAAAGUGAACCGAAUCGAUGAUUCGCUCCAACUGUUCACCUCGAUCUGCAAGAACAAGAUAUUCAAGGACGUCCAUCUCGUUCUGAUGUUGAACAAGACCGAUAUUCUCAAGCAGAAGUUGGCGGCCAACGUCAAGAUUCGAAAAUAUAUCACAAGCUAUGGGGACAGGGCGAACAACUACGAAACCGCCUCUGCCUAUUUCCGUCAACAUUUCGUGCACGCUCACAAGAAAAACUCUGCCGAGACUAACCGGCAGCUCUAUUUGCACUUCACCUCGAUGAUGGAUACGAAAGCAAUCCAGAGUAUCAUCGCUGCCGUCGGUGAAGCCAUCCUGCAAAAACAUAUCACCAAAGUAGGGCUGAUAUAG